AUGUCCUCGUCACUACUCCACCCACCGGCGCAUCUACCACCCUCUGUCGCCCUCAGCCUGUCCCAACAAGCCCCAGCACUGCUCCGGAGCAUCCCUUCAGCAAUUUCGUACUACUCUGUCAGCUCUCUAUGGUCUGCCGCAGAAACCCCCGAGCUGUGGACAACCUAUGAAAACCUUAUGCUUUCAUGUCUGCGAACCGGGGAUGAGCUGUCUGCGUCACAGUGCCUUCAGAGGCUGACUGAACGAUUUGGCGCGGACAACGAGAGACUAAUGGCACUGAGAGGCGUAUUCCAAGAAGCUCGGGCACCUGACGAUGCUGCCCUGAAAAACAUACUGAAGGAGUACGAAAACAUUCUGGCACAGAAUCCUGGCAACAUGCCUGUUUCGAAACGAAAGAUUGCACUUCUGAAGUCCCUUGACAAGGUCCCGGAGGCAAUCAUUGCGCUGAACCAGUUUCUUGACUCGUCCCCGACCGAUGCGGAAGCUUGGGCUGAGUUGUCAGACCUAUACGUUUCUCAGGGGCUGUACCAACAAGCAAUCUUUGCGUUAGAGGAAGUGCUCUUGGUCACGCCUUAUGCGUGGAACAUCCACGCGAGGCUUGGCGAGGUUCAAUACAUGGCAGCCACCACUGGAGAAUCCGGAGCAGACAAGUAUCUUGCCGAGGCUUUCCGAAGAUUUUGCAGGAGCAUUGAGCUGUGCGAUGAUUAUCUGCGCGGCUACUAUGGACUAAAGAUGACUACCAAUCGAUUAUUGGCCAACCAAUCCCAGACUUCUCGGCAGUCUAAAGGAGAUACUGGAUUACCACCACCAAAUAUCCAGACCGUCGAGCACCUGAAUGAGAUAGCCACGGCAAAACUCUCCGAGAUCGUGCGACGCAACGCAGGAGGCGAAGUCCGAUGGGGUGGAUAUGACGAGGCUGAGGUGAUCGCUGCGAAAGCAUUAUUGGGAACGGAAACCGCCAAGAUCACUCGCUGA